AUGGAUGAGACAAAACUGUUUCAGCCUGGAACUAGACGGCGUAUUGCUUCGCUUCCAGAGACGUCUUUAACGGAAAUUAUUACUUCCGUUGAAAGGAUAAGGCACACUUCUUCUGUUGCAGAACUGCCAAGAAACUUUCGAACUGGUAAAAGACAUUCUCUUGAUUCGCCUUACAGCUCCUCCAGGCAUUACUUAAUAGAAGAGUCUGAAUUUCCCUUUAACGACGGCUUUAAAUUUCACCCUAAGCCUCGAAAGGAGGAAGAAAAGGCCACGGCUGAAGAAACAAACAGUGAUUUGGGAACAAGGCUGGCUCGUUUUCCUGCGCUACCAACAUCCCCUGUAACAUGUAAUAUUUCUCCAUUUGAGAAAGCUGCAAGUCUCAACAGGAUACACUCAGGGAAAGAUUACGAGAGAAAGGAAACUGGACGAACUUCAAGCAUGGAAAAGCCGUGGGUUAAAGAAGAAGUUACUGACGCAUUAUCUUCUCUUACGGGUACGAAAUCCUCACUUCCACGAAUCAAACGAGCAGUGAACGAUUCCAGAAGGCUCUCCCUUCCGAUCUCAAAAGAAAAUACAACAGAACUUCACACGACCGCCUUUCUAUCAAAAGUAAACUUGGUGGAAGGUCGUGAAUCGCAAACAGAAGUGGCUCAUCCUUUGCCUUCGUUGGUGUGUGCAGGCUUCAUUAACCCACCAAGUAAGCAGUCGGACAAACUCACUUUUGAUGAAACAGACAAUCCAGCAAAGUUAUUUCCCAGAGACAAGGGGUCUUUUGAUUGCAAUCGCGCGAAUCUUAUAAGCCAUCCUGCAGAAGGCAAAUCAGAUGAAAGCGUUGAAGAAACCGAUAAAGCACAAGCGCUGAGAACACAUGUGGAGGAUGCAGCAGUUGAUUUCAACGAAGUCGAGACCAAGGCUGUUAUGUUGGUUGAAUGGCUCUGGGAUCAAUCGAACGUCAACUCGUGAAAGGCUAGGAACCUUCCUAUGCCAUUUUCUGCCUCUUUAUUUGAUAUUUCAGACUGUGAGUGUUAACAGGUGACAUUUAGUUUUCACUGAAUACCAAAUACGUAGAAAGGAGAGUAAAUUGCAUACGACAAGAACGGAACGCAUUACCGAGACGAAAUGAGUAUCUAAUUUUAUGAAAGUAAAAGAAAUGGUUUGAAAGUUUUGGGUAAGCCCAUUCCUCGUUGUAUAUGGUCAUUAAAGCAGAAAAUCGCUUUAAAAUAAGCGUUGGUUUUCCUUCGUCUCUUAAAAAAACACUACCGGCUUUUUAAAAUUGUCUCCUUUUGGUAUAUAAUGGUAUCAGGCAUAAUGAAGAGGCAAGGAGGCUUUCUGUCUCAAAGAGAUGCGAUUUUAACUUUCAAAGUCCAACGGAUGUUCUUCAAAUUUCAAUAUUUCAGUUUUAAAUCUCAGCGAGACAGUGAUCAGGCACUUUUAAGGAGGUCAUUUUCUGUCCUUAAAAACUCCGCAGGUGUGAAGUUAUAGAAUUGCUUCGCGUUUGUUAUUGUUAUUAGGUAGAUCCGUGUAACCUCAAGGUUUAUUUCGUAUAAAGGAUUAACAGCCGCAGCGAAAAUAAAUCAAACGGUUUAAGGUGAAGAAUAAACUUGAAUAGUGGCAACAUGAAGAAACUGCUAUGAACUCAAUAACUAACUCAUUUAAUAGAUUCAGACUACCACCCACGCAUAAUUAUGACUAUUAUGACCAACAUAACUUAGUUCGAAACAGCCAUCGAAGAAAUAAAUGAUGCGUUUUGUUUUGUUUUGUUUUGUUUUGUUUUGUUUUGUUUCUACAUAUCGAUCUGUGUAUGGCAUGCACCAUAACACCCGAAUAAUCGGAAACUCCAUAGUAGUUAUAAAUUUCAAACAACGAGAAUGCCGGUAAAUUUUAAGCGAGACAUCCCAACAUAAUUUAACAACAACAUGAUUAUUAGUAUUGACGGUCAGGAAGAAACAAUUACUUGACCGUAAACUUAAGACAUUUCCAUUACUCUUGCCCCUAGGUACGUAGGUAUCUCACAAACCGGCUCGUGAAUUGUCGAUGACUCAACAAAGAGUUUUACCCAUUUUGAUUUUGAUUUUUGCACCUUAAUGGCUGCGUUAAAUCUAUCAGGGUAUCAGAUAACUCAGCAAGUGCACAUGUGUGUAGCUAACAUCAUUAGCAUUAUAAAACCCGAGUAAUCGGAAACUCCAUAGUAAUUAUACAAUUUCAAACAACGAGAACGCCAGUAAACUUUAAGCGAGGCAUCCUAAAAUAAUGAUUAGUGACCUUGACGGUCAUGAAAAAACAAUUAGUUGACUGCAAAAUUAGGACUUUUUCACUAUUCUUACCCCUAGGUAUAUAGGUAUCUCACAAUCCGUCGGUGACUUAACAAAUGGCUUGACACACUAUAAUUUUUUUUCCCUCUUUUGGACCUUAAUGACUGCGUUAAAUUUAGCACGGUAUCAGAUAACUCAGCGACUGCACAUGUCUUUAGCUAACAUCAUUUUGACGGAUAAAAAGUGAACGAAUAAUGUUGUUAUUCUUACGUCAAUACUGAAAUCUAACUUCAUAACCUCAAUUACCAAACCGAAAGAAGUUUCUUUCAAUGAGAUAAUCGUUUUUGUGCUUUAUUCACUCUCUCCUACAGAUCAUGGAUUAUAGCUAUUGAAUCAUCACAUUAGUAUAACUAUUUCACACAAACCAAAAAAUAUUUACCUUGGUUCUUCCCGAGAUUCAGCCAAUAUCAAGUGACUGCUUUAUCGAUAGUACAGUCGGCUUCCUUCUCUCUCAAUCACUCUCCGACAAGUUUUGUUGUCAAAAAAGGUUUAAGGCUAGGUCAGUGAGAUGACAAUUCAAUUGCAGCUUCUAGCUUUUCCUGUUACUCCAAAACAUCGUUUAUAAGUAAUGAUAACCGAUUUCAGCUUUAAAAAAUUAAUAAGUAUAAUGAUAAUCCUAACCAUCAGUGAAUUCAAAUAUAGCUGUUACAGAUAAGACAUGAGUUUAAUAAAAUUGAGUUGUCCAAAAAAAAUGGCUGUUUCAUCACAAUUUUUUUUUCUUUCAUUCUAAUCGAAAAGUUGACAGAAAAAAAAUAAGACGUGCAAUUUUCGUUAUGUUUUAUUGAAUUACUUGCGAUCGGUUUACUAUAUUAGCACAAAACCUGUUGUUUUCAAAGGUUCAAUGAUUCGUUUUGAUUUAUGAAUAACUGCAUUGUUUCUUUUUCUUCGCUUUCUUUGUUUAACCCACGCCUAAGCCAAGAAGCUAAGUCGCAAAGUUUGUCAAAGCAUGCAAUUAUGUGGGCUAAAGGCUGUUUCAUCGAAAAAAAACGAAUGUUUAAUCACCUUUUGAAAUACAAAAAUCAGUUUCCAGCACAAUAAAGAAAGAAAUAGCAGCAAAAACAAAAACAGAGGCUGUAAAAAUUCUCGCUUAAGAUUAUGCGCGACGAUCUUACGUAACGUGAUAACGACAAUUAUACCAUAAAAAAUUCACCACAGGGAAUCAUUUUAAAUUCUUCUUGUUAUUGCUUUGUAAUAUUACAACAGAGAUCUGAAGAUUAAGUGUGCUGAAUCAGUGUUUCAUAAUUAAGUUUCGAUCUUCCCUUUGUUAUAAACUUCGAACUGCUGUCUGCUCAAAGUUCCUGGAUACUAUUGGAAGGUGCAUGAAAACGCAUGGAAAUGCGCUCUCUAGAUGUAACAUAAUUAUCAUGCUAGCUUUUCACCCAAACAGAGGUCCCAAAUGGGAAAAAUUUCCUUCCAUGACCUUUACUAAAUACUCGCCUAAGCCUCAUAAUGGACGGGUGUGGCCAAAGAUAACGAUAUUAACUUAAAAGGUUAACUCCGGCAUAAAGAAUUUCUUGAUUAUUACAUUGCUAGGGCAAAUCAACUGAAAGAGAGAAUAACUGGUUUCAUUUGCCUUACUUAGACUCCAGUUUGAAACAUUGAUGAGUUCAAUAACAAAUCGUUUAUCUACCGGAAUUGUCUAAACAGGCUCUUACCACUAAAACAUAAUAGUUGUCAAGUAAAAACGCAACCUAAGUAUCAAAACAAACUUUAUUUCCAAAGCGAACAACAAUGUCGUCAGCAUGCUCUAUACUCUCAUAAAGCACGCUACAAUAAGCCAAUCAGAAUCCUUGUUAGAAUGGUUAAAAUAAUCUGAUUGGCUGUUCAAGACUAAAGCUGUCAAAAGUGUCAAACCAUCAAAGUUCAAAAACCAUCAAAGUUCACAUUCCACGAUAGUUUACAAACUAAAAUGGUUCGGCAAGUCGAAUUUAACACUUUUGCCUGAAGUUUUUAAGUCUGUAAUACAGAAUCUUGAAGUGAAAUGUUCAGUGAACUUCAGCCGAAUUAUGGCUCAUAAAAACACGCGAGUUUUUUCACAUGAGAAGGUAGAAAACAAACUGUUCAAGGCGAAUGUUUUUUUAAUGAACGACAGCCGAAUUCACCAGAACAUGAAGAUCGCUCGGGAUGAUAGCGCCGCAAAACUCGGCUGUAGUGACUGAUGAAUUGCCACUCAACGUAUCGGAAAGGAUAUCAGAGCAAGCUCUCAGUUUUUCACUCGAAGGGCGGCCGAUGUAGUUUCUGAGGCUUGCUUUACUGUGAUGACAGGAGAUCGCCAUGAUGAGCAAGCCGCGAUGAAAUUCAGAAUGAUCAUAUUCGCUCAGACACCGUCAUGAUUAGUAUGAAUUUUAACAAUUAUGCCUGUUUGGUUAUAUUUUUCAUCAUUUCUGUUUUGUUCUGUUUUGUUUUUGAACACUGAACUUUAUAUACUAUACGAGUGUUCGCUGUGUUUGAUUUUUAUUACCGUAAGUAAGCUUGCAAUCUAACUGAGCGUGAAAAUCUUUAAAACUCGGAAUGUUUAUUUUGUUUUUCCUUUGAGGAUUUUCGUAUCUGCUCACGUUUUAAUAACGUAAAUUACGGCGCCUGGUAUGUUUACAAACCUUUGUUUGAUUCUUCUGUUGCUACUUGCCGGUUCGCUUCAGUUCCGAAAUUUCACUUUCAAUUAUCGGAAAAAAGUUAAAAAGAAGUCCCGGAAAAGCUCGAACACAGUACAAUUGACAGAUGGCGUGACAGCUUUAGCUCAGCUCUAUGCUCUAUAUUCUCAUAGAGCACGCUCUAUCAACCAAUGACAGCGCGCGUUAUAUCCGAACUUUAUUAUAACUUAAGUUCAACCGCGAAGAUCACAAUUGUAAAAAGUUACUUAAUCAAAGCACGCAUGUGAUGCAGAUAGUUUAUUUAUCAAAUGGAGUUAGCUAAGCGCAAGGAAGACACACAAAACAGAAGCAAACAAAAUGAAAACCUGAAAUGAUCGUAUUCUCUUGCGUGUUUUGAUAGAAGAGACAAUAGCCUAAUUUUCGCUCAAGAACCUCUCCUGAUGUUGUGUCCAGUAGCGUCAGGAAAACAUUUAUUGAAAAUGGGGAGAAAAGAUUUAAUUACUACAAAGGAAAGAGCCACACUGUUGUAAAAAAGUUUUUGCGCUAAGCUUCUCUGAAUGAUUAUCCAACAAAAGUAAUUGUGAAUCAAUGGACAAAGUAAGUUUUUCUCGUUCCCUUGUUAUUCUACUUUAAUAUGCAGCUGACCCGAUCAUUUGUGUAACACUGAACUAAGUGCCGUCGAAUCCUAUAUUUUCCUCACUAUUGAGAAAAAAUUUUGACUAUUUCGACGAUUUAGGCAUCUAAAGGUACAGUCAUGCAACCAAGUGUAGUUGUAUUCCUAUGAUUACAAAUUUGUUUUACCUGAAGGCGUUUCUGGAUAGAAGACCAUUUUUAUGUCAGUUAUAUCGGGAUCCCACUACAAUCCCCCCCCCCCCUCCCUGGCCAGGCCUGAUUAUCAAAAGAUUUUAAUACUGAAAUUAAUUUCUGUUAAUUAAAAUUAAUAGGCAACGAUAGACUCUAAUAUGAUUCACUGUGAUAUUUCAAACCGCGUCUCAUUCAUAGGUCAUUCGUUAUAUACCUAUCCGGUUUAGUGACGCAACGCAACGCAGCGAAACGACAAAAACCUGGAGCCAUGGUUGAAAUUAAGUGAUUACGAGUGCGCUCACAGAUAAGCACCCCAGUUUUCCAGUGCCAAUAUGAACAAAAAAAUCAGUAUGUUAUGCAUAAGCAGAAAAAGAGGCUUACCUUGAGGAAAAUCGCUCAAAGCACCCACAGCUCUCUUCAACGAAUUCUGCAAAUCGAACUUUAUGGUCUUUUGUGCUAUUUUAGAAAAGGACAAAAAAAAAAAUAAGCAAAUGACUGGCAGGGAAGGUUCUUGUUUCUUAAGUUAAUUAGAUGAUUCAACUGUCGAUUGACAAGUCAAUCAAAGGUCCUUUAUGCUUAAGUUGUACAAUUAGGUCUCUUCAAUGUCACGAAAAAAUUCGCAAACGAUGUCUGACCAUAUUCAUGAGCAUAUGUCGUUGAUGAAUAUUUAGAAAAUUAGUGGUACUUCGGGGUACGAACUAUUCCCAGGGUAAACGUCCUAAGCGACUAUGCGUAAAUUCAAAUCAAGUCAUACAUAGUCUCAGAUGCGUGCAGUCGUAUGAAAUUAGCAAUUUCCUCCCCAGGGUGAUUUAGUCAUUCCGUACGUGACAACAUGAAUGCCACCUUUUUGAUGAGAGAGGAAUGGUUUGCAUACGAUGAAGAGAAAUUACUGCAGUGUCUAGCCAAGCGACGAGCUUUGGACCCAUUCUAUAAUAUUGUUCCUCAAGUACUUGCCAGUAGUUAACUGCAGCAAAUUGUUAUUAUAAUUCAUAGUCAUUCUAUCGUCUAGCCACAAAGAAUUUCACUUAAAACUGAACGUCAAUGAUACAUGAUCCAUGGACAGGUAAAGGCAAAGCUCGUUUGGUGCAGAACAGCACAGAAACUUUUCAACUGGCCAAAGACAAUCUAUACAUUCAUCUUACAGCUCUUCCAGACAGGAAAUAACAGACGACUUCAAAUUUCUACCUAAAUACAGCUCUGACUUUCACGCUAAGCUGCGAGGAGAAGAGACAAAAAGAAAAGAGAAAAAAAAAGAGACAAAAAGUGAGGUGGCAACGAGGCUAAUUCAUUUUCCUGUCAUAACAAAAUCUUUAGAAACAAGUGAUCCACCACCUGUCAAGGAAACUAAGUGUCUCAAAAGGAUGCAUUCGUGGAAUGACCACGAAGGAUGGGAAAUUAGAAGAACCUCGAACAUAGAAAGGCCUUGGGUAAGAGGGGAAAGAAAUAUUGCAUCAGUUUCUGCACAGGAAACAAAACCCUCAUUUACACAAAUCAGACGACCAAUGAAGGCGGAUUGCAGAGGGUUCUCCCUUCCAUCCCUAUCAGAAAGUGUGAUAAAACUUUACUCGACCUCCUUCCUAUCAAGUGAAAAAUUUACAAAACGUCAUGAUUUGCAUACAGGAACGGGGCAUUCAUUCCCUUCGCUUGUCUAUUCAGGCUCCAUGGGUGAGUCAGAUGAGCUCAUCUAUCACGAAGCAGGUUAUCCAGCGGUAAAGCUACCUGUAAGAGGCAAGGGAACUUUCGACUGCGCGCGUGCGAAACAAACAAGCUUUCCUGUAAAAGCCACGUCAAAGAGAAAUGUUGAAGAAAGUGACAAUACUUCAGCUUUGAAGACGCAUGUCGAGACUGCAGAAACUGAUUUUAAUGAAGUGGAGACAAAGGCUGUUAGGUUACUUGAAUGGCUCUUGGAUCAAUCGGAGAUCAAAUCAUGA